AUGCAAAGCAAUUCGAAUUCGUUGCUUCGGCGCACCUCCAAUAUGGAGAGCUUCGAAAACAUCUAUCUCGAUCUGUCCAAGCAGCCUGGCAAAUGCAAACUUGCAGAGAGUGGUAUGGGCUGGCGACCAUCAGGCGGGGGAGACACAUUCACUUUGGACAGCAGCAACAUUGGAGCUGCACAAUGGAGUCGAGCUGCCAAAGGUUUUGAGUUGAAGAUCUUAUCGCGAACAUCAGGUGUCAUUCAACUCGAUGGAUUCGAUCAAGAGGACUUCGAGCGAUUGAGCAAAGCAUUCAAAGUCUGGUACGGUGUUGCCAUCGAACAACGAGAACAUGCUAUCAGAGGAUGGAACUGGGGAAAAGCAGAAUUCACCAAGGCUGAACUCGCUUUCAACGUUCAAAACCGUCCCGCUUUCGAAAUUCCUUACUCCGAAAUUUCCAACACAAACCUGGCGGGUAAAAAUGAAGUCGCCGUAGAGUUCGCGUUGCCGGCAGAUGAAAAGGCCAAUGGCCAUAUCGAGGGAAGCACCAAAAAUCGCGGGCGAAAGGCUGCCGCUGGUCCUGAUGAGUUAGUCGAGAUGCGAUUCUACAUUCCUGGUACUGCGCUCAAGAAGGAGAAGGCCGAGGGCGACGGAGUUAAGAAGGAAGGAAGCGAAGAAGAAGGCGAGGCCGAAGGGGAGGAACUCGAAGAACAAAACGCCGCUAAUCUCUUCUACGAGACGCUCAUGGACAAGGCCGAGAUUGGAGAUGUUGCGGGAGACACAUACGCCACGUUCUUGGAUGUCCUACAUCUUACGCCUAGAGGUCGAUUCGAUAUUGAUAUGUAUGAGGCAUCGUUCCGUUUGCGUGGUAAGACCUACGACUACAAGAUUCAAUACUCCUCGAUAAAGAAAUUCUUCUUGCUGCCUAAGAACGACGAAAUGCACACAUUGAUCGUUCUCGGGUUGGAUCCACCCCUUCGUCAGGGUCAAACAAGAUACCCCUUUUUGGUUAUGCAGUUGAAGUUGGAUGAGGAAGUCAGCAUAGAGUUGAACAUGACAGAAGAACUUUUACGGGAGCGCUACAAGGACAAGCUAGAGCCACGAUACGAAGAGCCCAUUCACCAAGUCAUCACAAAGAUCUUCCGCGGCUUGUCAGGAAAGAAAGUUAUUAUGCCAUCGAAGGACUUUGUCAGCCACCACGGCCACAGCGGAGUCAAGUGCUCAAUCAAAGCAAACGAAGGUCUUUUGUAUUUCUUGGAUAAAAGUCUUAUGUUCGUACCGAAGCCUGCGACAUACGUCCAGAUCGAAAAUAUUUCAGUGGUUACUAUGUCCCGUGUUGGUGGAGCGAUUUCUGCCAGCAGAACAUUUGAUAUCACAGUCAGCUUGAAGGGAGGAUUGGGAGAGCACCAGUUCAGCAAUAUCAACCGCGAGGAACAACAGCCCCUUGAGGAGUUCUUCAAAGCCAAGAAUAUUCGUAUCAAGAAUGAAAUGGUCGAUGACUCGGCAGCCCUCAUCAAAGCAGCCCUUGAAAACGACGACCUAUCCAGCGACGACGACGUCCGUCCAGACCGCGGUUCAGCCGACGAAGACGAGGAGUCUGUCGAUGAAGACUUCCAAGCAGACUCAGACUCCGACGUCGCUGAAGAAUAUGACUCUGCACACGAAAGUAGCGGCAGUGGAAGCGGUAGCGAUGCCGAAAUGGAUGAUGCGGACGACGACGAUGCAGUUGAUGAUGAGAUGGAUGAAGAAGAGGAAGAAGAGAGACCGAAGAAGAAAUCGAAAGUCGGAAAAUAA